ACUGCAAGUAGUUCCAAAAAUAUACACACACAGAUAGACACAAACUGCUCACCUCUGCACUGCACCUUCCCCGUUACCAAACAAUUCAUCUCCCCCCACCGUUAUCCUUCACCAUUAUCAUUCUAAAUCCCAAAACGACAAUCAUCUUCCACCCCCCUAUAUCUCCUCCCUUUAUUUUCUUCUAUAAUAUCUCUCCCUGUACUUUCUCUCACAUUAUCAUCUCUCUCUCUCUCUCUCUCUCUCUCCCUCCCCCCUCCCUCUCUCUCUCUCUCUCUCCCACCAAUACACACAACAUUACUUAAACUCACUCAAGCUUCUCUCUCUGUCUCUACAACACAAAUACAAGUUUUGAGUAGCUAGGGUGUGACUUUUAAGUUAUUACACAUUGUGCAAACAUAUAUAUUAAUCUUAUGGAGAGAAAACAAGGGUUUCUUUCUACGUUGAAGCAAAAGGUAGUGAGAGGGCUUUCUCCAGCACGGUCAAGGCCCAAGAAAAAUGUUUCGGACGGGUCGUCGGGUUCGGGUUCCGGUACCCGGACCCGGGUCGAGCAAGUGGCAUUGCCGGAGUUUUUAGGCGAGAGAUCUCGUAAAUCAAGACCGGUGGAGACUUUAGGCCCAUUAAGAGAAGGCCCAGAUGCUGAGAAAGCAAUGGACGGUCGUGAUUCAAAGUGGGGUCAAUGGAUGAGGGCCCCAUUGUCUCGUGCACCGUCGGAUCUGAGGAUGCUUCUGGGUGUGUUGGGUGCGCCGUUGGCUCCGGUGCAUGUUAGCAGCAAUGAGCCUUUUCCUCAUCUUAGUACCAAAGACACUCCCAUUGAAACUUCAUCUGCUCAGUACAUAUUGCAACAGUACAUAGCAGCAUCUGGAGGGCAUAAGUUUCAAAACUGUAUUCACAACGCAUAUGCAACGGGCAAGGUGCAAAUGUUGGCGUUUGAAAGCGAGACAGCUGGGAAGGUCGUAAAGAGCAGGAAUUCCUCUAGAGCUUUAGAGUCUGGUGGGUUUGUUCUGUGGCAGAUGAAUCCAGAUAUGUGGUAUGUCGAGCUUGUGCUUGGUGGUACCAAGAUUCAUGCUGGUUGCAAUGGGAAACUUGUUUGGAGGCACACACCAUGGCUUGGUUCACAUGCUGCAAAAGGCCCUGUUAGACCAUUACGUCGUGCCCUUCAGGGUCUUGACCCACGAACAACUGCAAGCAUGUUCACAGAUGCAAGAUGCAUUGGAGAGAAAAAGAUCAACGGAGAAGAUUGUUUUAUUCUCAAGCUUAGAGCUGAUCCACAGACACUGAGAGCCAGGAGCGAAGGCCCAGCAGAAAUCAUAAGACAUGUCCUGUUUGGUUAUUUCAGCCAGAAAACAGGGCUCCUCAUGCACUUGGAAGACUCUCACUUAACUCGUGUACAAACAAAUGGUGGUGAUGCUGUUUACUGGGAAACUACUAUGAACUCAUUUCUUGACAACUAUAGGCCUGUUGAAGGGAUAAUGAUUGCUCACUCAGGGCGAUCAGUGGUGACCCUUUUCAGAUUUGGAGAAGUAGCAAUGAGUCACACCAAGACGAGGAUGGAAGAAGCAUGGACAAUUGAAGAAGUUGCAUUUAAUGUUCCUGGUUUGUCACUUGACUGUUUUAUCCCACCUGCUGAAAUAAGAUAUAGUACUAGCAGUGAAGCAUGUGAGGUUCCUCCGAAGGGAAGAGCAACAAAGCCUGCUGUUACUAGUGCAGCUCAUCGAGCCAAAGUUGCAGCCAGUAAUAGAUAUGCCAGAAAAUGAUUUGUCAUUUGGCCAUAAACUUUAAAAAAUCUAAGCUAGAUGUAGACUCUUAGCACAAUGUGACCGACAAACUUGGGCAGGAAUGAAAUCAACUCAUACUUGCUGUUGAUUGAGGGUUUUUAGAAUCCUUUAUUAGUCUCUUAGUAUCUGUAGAAUCAUUCGGAAUGUGUUGAGGAGUCUGGUGAUUCUUGUAACACAUAUCUGUAGAUUGAUCCUUGGAAUGAUGCAAUGUUUGUACCUUCCUUUAGUAUGUUACCAUGCAUGAACUUGCUUGCUCGACUAUGGGGUAAAAUUUCUUCACCUGUUA